CCUCACUGCAACACCAUGCACCCGUCCAGCGCAUAGGUAGUACCUGCCCGACUGAACGCUGGCUCUCAGGUGGCAGGCGCAAUUGCUGCAGAUGGCUGGGAAGGAGUACACAAUUGUGGUGCUCUCCUCCUCACCUCCCAUCCCCGAUGCAUUCAGUUCCCCGCGCUUUGCGGCGCCCUCGAGACGCGUCGCAAUGCCGCCUUCCUCGCCUUUUACUCUCUCUCCGCCCUUGAGCCCUAGGAAAAGUGGCCCUGGUGUGUUGACAUCAGGCUCCCGAGCAGCUCCCAUCCCCGAGAGGGCCUCGAGAGGAUUCGCCACCGUGAGUAGCCUUGUUCGCUCGGACCAUUUUGCGCCGCAGAUGAACGAGGACACAGCAGGGACACAGACAGAGUUGCACGAGAGCACGGAAGCCGUAGUUGCAGCUGUGAAGAAGCCUGUGAAACGAGCUGCGAAGAAGGCGACAGCUACGGACGGCGAGAAUCCCAAGCCUAAGCCUAAGCCUAAGCCGAGGUCGAGGGGAGUCAGGGCAGACAAAGAAAGCGAACAUGCCAAAACCACCCUCGAUACUGAGCUCCGGCUCCCUCGCACGACCAAAUCACCAUUCUUCGAAAAUGUUGAAGCGCACGCUGCUACAACCGACGAGCCCACCGAAGCUGCGGCAGAUGCACCAAAGUUGACGAAAUCGGGCAAACCACGAAAACCGCGAGCGAAGAGAGUGAUACCCCAAAGCGAUGUCACAGAACCAAAGCCGAAGAAAACAAGAGUCACAAAAGCCAAGACAGCUGCCGGCGCUGUCAAAGCGGCACGGGAAACUGCAGAGGCUGUGCCUGCGCACGUAGCGGUGGACAAGGAUGUCAACAUUACUGAGAAGAGAUCCGCAUCAGCUGAUGGAGGGCAAUCUGAAGGCGCAACCAUUUGGGACGUGCCACAGAGCCCGCAGUCGGGACUGGACACUUCCAAGGCGCGGCGGCCGGAUCCUCUGGCAGAAGGGCUCGAUCUUGAUGAAGCCGUUUCGAGAAGACGGGAUUGGACACCACCAAGAGACACAGUCGCUCACAGUCCAAUGACUAAUUCGACUGGCAAGGAGAAUAGGCCUUCGUCACAUGACACCACGGCCGGCAACUUCACUCAUCUUAUUUCCAACUUUACAUAUGAGUCCCCAACCAGCAAAGUAGCGCGUAACACCACAAUGCCAACCUCAGGGCUCGCAAAACGUCGCCGAGCGGAACCUGUUGAGCUCUCUGAUGCACAAGCGGCCUUAUCCCCGGAGAAAGGCAAGGCUCCCAAAAAGAAGCCACGAACAAUCACAGAUCUUGUAACAGGCCAGUAUGAGUCGAAAGACCCGAACGUGGGGCUGCAGGCUAUCACGAGUGACUUCUUCGCACCGCACACCAGCACGACCAAGGUGCCUUUAAACGACGUCAAUGCGUCCAACGUCGAAGUCUUGCCUACGAAGCCUUCACGCAAGCGCACCAAAUCCAAAGACGCGUCAGAAUCUACAACAACGAAGGCUAAGCCUCGUGCAAGGAAGGCGUCGACGAAGGCGGCUGCGAAGCCGAAACCAGUCGCAGAGAAGCUGCUAAGUCCUACAUCUGCAGCCACACGCCUAAACCGGCAGGAAGUAUUAUUCGGCACCUCAAGCCAGCUCGCGUUAGAAGAGUCUCCGUCAACCGUGCGACAGAUCCAACGUGCCAUCGCGGAGUCAGAGCAAGACAGAAGCAGUUAUUCAAACCUCGUUCAAGACGCCCCACCGCGAUGGCCCAAACUCCAACGCACCAAGGGUAAGCGCGGCCUUUGGCGCGAAAGCACAAGGGAUGGAGACGGCGGUCUACUUGUAGACACGAGGAGUGUCUAUAUCCCGGCGCCGGACAGGACGCAGGACCUGCCGCUGCUCAUGGACCUUGCAAGUGAGGAAUGUGGUGAUGAGAGCGGGUUUGUGGAUAUUGAUGACAUCGCACCUGCUAGACCCGAUGAUAUCUUGUCGUCUGGCUUUGUGGAUAUCGAUGACAUUACGCCCGCUGAAUCCGUUGAUGUCUCGUCAAAUCUGCCUUCACUUGUGGACGUUGCGCGUGAAGAACCAGGUUCGCCAGUUGGUUUUGUGGACAUCGAUGAUAUUGCGCCUACCGUACACAUCGAUAUCUCGUCAGAUUUACCGACUCCACCAGGGUCUCAAUCGCCGAAGCAGGUACCGGGACUGGCGCUAGCGGGAUCCGUGGCUGACGAUGUUUUCCACGACAUUGAUGACUUUGGAAGCGGGCUUCCUCCCUCGAACCAGAACGCAGAGUCCCAAAACAGCUUCGUAGACAUUGACGACUUCCACCCUCCUCCUGUGAAGGCAUCCAUACAAGUGCACGCGAGCACUUCAAGACCACCAGCGGCUACAGGCUCGCCUGCCAAACGGCGAGGUCGACCUCCCAAAGAAAAGAGUGCGAUUCCUAUUGUCUCGACGUCAGCUCCACCUUCAGCACGCAAAUCAGCUCCACCACGGCGGAUGCCGCAAGGUUCACCGUCGACGCCACCAAAGGGCUCCAGCCGCUUCGUUGACAUUGAGGAGAUACUCGAUUCGGAGGACGAAACUCUUGAGGCGUUCUCACCUACACCGCCACGGGUACGCAGGCUGCAAGAUUCGCCUCCAUUACCAUUGGCCUUUGAUCGCGAGCCAUCAGCGGUCGUUACAGGAAAAGCUGAUGAACCCAUAACGCCAGUUGUCCGCAUUCAAUCGAGCCAUCUUGAGUGGGCAAAUAUCAAGCCCUCGAUCUGCACAGCUAUCACUGCACAUGUACGCACCAUACCACCGACAUCAGACCCCAAAAAGCCGAGCUGGCAUGAGAAGAUCCUUAUGUAUGACCCAAUCAUCCUUGAAGAUUUCACAGCCUAUCUCAACAGUAAUACAAAGCUUCGCACGUACAGACGAGCUACACAGAAGCAAAUUAAGACAUACAACAGCGAUCUGAAAUCGAGAGGUAAUGCUAUCCUCGGUGCGGAUAGAGAUGAUCAGGUGCUGGCCAUCGAAAAGGACUUGGAAGUGCACAUGGUCAGGGAUUGGUGUCAAGAGAUGAGCAUUUGCUGCAUUCAUGCAAAAGAGAGCCGAGGGCGAGGAAGUGCCAGGAAAGGAUUCUACUAGUGCUAAUGGAGUGCAUGUGCGGGGAAGGGAUCCUGGGGAUGAAGAUACCCAACAACCGCGGAGGAGAUGCUCGUCAUGCUUGUACGACCCGACCCGAUAUGUAUCCCUGCACUGUCGGUAGAUGAGAAUUGAACAAUAAUCCACCAUCACAAGGGCCCUGGUUCUUGGCGCCUGUCAACAGCGACAUGCGUGCGCGCACGAUUCAUGAGGCUCCGGACACCCGGCUCGGGCAGUUGCACGGUUUUGUGGG